AAGCCUUCUGAUUUCGCUGAAAAAAGCAGAAAGCUAUCACAAAAAUACGUCGACGUCUUGUAGGCAAUAGCAGCAAGUGUCGACAAGGAAGUGUUACAGGCGUGAAACAGUCGACUGCCGGAUCAGAACACCUCCCACAACCACCGCAAGAUCCGAUUAUUCCGCCUAGUAAGACAAUCAUCGCAUUCGGUAAUGCAACUUUUGCGUCAUCGAUGAAGGGUAAACGAGCUGCGCCCGUAAAGUUGAUAAAAAGGAAACUGCAGCAACUUCAAACAGAGACUGUGGAAAUCUGCAUCAUCAAUGAAUAUCCGACUAAUCCGAUAUAUAGUGUAUGCAAACAUCGAAGUUUGAAGAAUGUUACAACAGCAGCACCAAAGCGAAGAGUACGUGCUGCAUUGCAGUGUAAAAACUGUAAUACAGUUGGAAUCGCGACGUCAAUGCUGCCAAAAAAACUAUGAUAUUUUCAUGUUUGCUGUAGUAAAUGACAAUCAAAGACCUGCAGUUUUCAAACGAGAUUAGUUCCAUUUUCAUGUGUG